AUGUCAGCUUCGAGGUCCUCUCAGCAGGCUGGCUCCUCGUCCUCCGCUGGGGGCCCUUCGUCCUCCCGCCCGCCGACUUCUCCUCCACCAUCCAUCGCGUCGCCGUCCAUCGCGCAUGCUCACGCUCACGCGCAGAUUCCAGGGCCGUCCUCGUCAUCGUCCGCGCAACGCUCCCCGCCGCCUCCGCAUCUGCAGCCGACGCUCCCCUCUCCAGAAACGCAGCGGCACGUCACUGAAGCGCGGCGCGCCGUCGUGGCGACCCUCGAGAACAUGAUGGACUCGGAGCUGCAGUGGCGCGCCUCGACGCUACACUCCAACGCCGCCGCCCUCGGGAAGCAGGCCAAGGAUGUGCGCCGUGCUGCGGACGGACUGCGUCGUGAGAACGAUCGGUUGGCUCGCGAGGCGGAUGUUGCUGCUCGCAGACUCAAGGAGCUCGGCAACGUGCAGAACUGGGCCGAGGUGCUGGAGCGCGACUUUCUCGUCCUCGAGGAGACGGUUCGGUUGGCUAACGGCGAGGGGAGCUGUAGUUGCAGCUGCAGUGAAUGCGGUAGCGUGGGGAGCGAUAGCGAAGAUGAGAUGGAUGUGGACGGGCCGAAGAAGGGGGUUGAUGAUCAUGGGAAGACGGGCAUAGAGGGCAUGGCGAUUGAUACAGGACACGGCAUGCCGGGAACCUUUUCGGAUGCCAGCCGGAGCUUGACGGAUCCUGAGUCGAGCAUGGGAAGGGGAACCAAGGGGUCAGAUACGGCGUCAAUGUCAACGGCGUCCCGAUGA